CUACCAGUCAAUUUGCACCGUCGGGAAAGCCUCAUCAAUUUUGAAUCGAUUCCCCAGUUACAUUCAACACAAAAACCAUGAACAUUCUGACGAUUGCACGACCGACCAGCACUUUGACGACGCUCAAAGUUCAGGCAUCCCGUUGGGGUACACUUGCCCUGGGUAGCGCUUUCCCUGCAUGGCUCAGUAACAACGACGCUGUCACUCGUAACGACGCAUAUCAAAUACCCUCCUGGCUUGGUCCCAUCUUGUGGGCGGCUCCCAAGAAGAAGACAUCGCACUCUAAAAAGCGCAUGCGAGCAUCCAACAAGGGUCUUCAACAGAAAGAAAACGUCACAGCAUGCCCGGCCUGUGGCAACCACAAGCUCAUGCACCAUGUGUGUCGACACUGCUACAAAGACAUUAAACAGAAAGCGAAAUUAGAAUUGGCAUAAACCUAUUGGCAUCCUGUUAGAGACAGCAACUAAUAGCAUGGAAGAACCUUUCUUUGUAUAUACGAAACAAAAAAACACAGCUUAUCCUGGCAUUAUCCC